AUGACGCUUUUGGCAGCAGCGAGAAAGCAUCUCACACAGUGCGAUGCUUUCAUCCAACAAACCGAUGACGCUCAUGGCUCUGAAUACACCGCUCCAUGUGAUAAUCGACGACCCGCUGUUUCUGGCUUCACUGGAUCCGCCGGUACCGCUGUCUUUACAAAGGAUAAGGCUUGCUUGUGGACCGAUGGUCGCUACUUUCUCCAGGCUAAUCAGGAGCUCGAUGGAGAUUGGACGCUCAUGAAGGAUGGCAUUUCUGGAACUCCUUCUAUCGAGGACUGGCUUAUUGAAACUCUUCCUCAAGGCUCUACUGUCGGUUGCGAUGGCUGGUGCACUAGAUACAACGGUUUUCUGAAAUACAAGUCCAAAUUCGAGUCCCGCAACUUGAAAUUCGCAACUGUUGCCAACCCAAUCGAUGCUGCAUGGACUGAUAAGCCAGAACGCCCCGCUGGAGAGCUCGAAAUUAUGCAAGUCGCCCAAGCUGGUCAAUCUUGGCAAGAUAAACUCGCCGCCGUCCGAGAAGAAAUCAAGAAAGAAGGUUGCCAGGGUUUGGUAAUCACUAUGCUUGACGAGAUCGCUUGGCUUUUCAACCUCCGUGGAACAGACAUUCCAUUCAACCCUCUUUUCUUCUCUUACUGCUACAUCUCCCUCGACAAGGUGCAACUGUUCAUGAACCAGGCCCAGGCAUCUGAUGCCGUUCGAGCCCAUCUUGCUGGUGUCACCAUUGAAGACUACGCCUCUACUCUUUCUACUCUCGAAUCUCUUGAAGACAAGGUUCUUGCUUCAUCAAAUUCUCCCGCAGCCAUCGUGAAUGCUUUGAAAAACAAGCAGGUCGUGACAAACACCCCUGUUGGAAUUCUUAAAGCGUACAAGAACGACACUGAGAUUGAAGGAAUGCUUCUUGCCAAUGUCAGAUCCGCUGUUUGUCAUGUCAAAGCACUCAAAUACGCUGAAGACAACGCUGGCACUGGAAUUACUGAGUGCGACGUCGUCGACAAGCUCAACGAGUUCUACCGAGCUCAGAAAGACUUCCGAGGUCAAUCCUUUGACACUAUUUCUUCUUCCGGCCCUACUGGCUCAAUCAUUCAUUACAAGCCAAAGCCCGGUUCUGAUCGAAAGAUCGAAAAGUGCAUGUUCCUCCUCGACGCUGGUGCUCACUACACUUGUGGAACUACUGACACUACCCGAACUGUCCACUGCGGAGAACCAUCUGAAUUUGAGAAAGAGUGCUACACUCGGGUUCUUAUGGGACACAUCAACCUGGCUAAGCUGCGAUUUCCGGAAGGAACUCGAGGCCCAGCCCUUGACGUGCUCACUCGACAGCCACUUUGGGAAGCCGGCCUUCAAUUCAAUCACGGAACUGGACACGGUAUAGGCUGCUGGUUGAACGUCCACGAGCCGCCAACUGGGCUCUAUCUUUCUCCACGAUUGGAUUGUGUCACUCAGUCUGCUGAUCUCUUCUACGCGAAAGGAUACUGCGUCACCGACGAGCCCGGAUUCUACAAAGAUGGAGAGUUCGGUAUCCGAAUUGAGAACGCCCUUUAUGUCACUGAUGUCCAGACGAAAUACAAUCUCCCUGAGGGCACUAAAUUCUUGAAGUUUGAAUCUUUAUGCUUCGUUCCAAUGUGCAAGAAACUUAUUAACGCAGAAAUGCUCGACUCCUCGCAAAAGAAAUGGCUGAACGAGUACCACAAGAAGACUGCCGAGCUUCUAAUUCCAGAGUGCAAAGCUCAGGGCUGGGACGAUCUGAUCCCCUGGAUCGAAGACAACUGCGCUGCCUUGUAA